AUGGAAACCAUGAAACAAAGUAAUCUUCUUAAUUUUUUUUCAAGCACUAAAAAAAGUCAAUAAAACUCCCAAUAAUCCGACUACCAAAAAGAAAACUAAAAAAACAAUUAAAAAAUAUCUCUAGACCCUUCUAAAAUUUCCGAAGAAAACUAAUACUAACAAGAAAAUCCCAUUCCCAAUUUUUAAAAUCCAAAUCUCCUUUCUCUUCGCAAAACCAAAAAAAUAAUUGAUUCCGAAGAAGAACAAGAAGAACAAUAAUUAUAAAAAAUCUUAAAAAAGCCUUCUCCGUUAAAAACACCUUAAACUAAUAACAAUAAUUAAAAGAGAAAAUCAGUCAGAUUUACAGAAAAAUAAGAAAAAUCACUAUCUUCGUUUUCCAUAGAAUCCCAAAACGAACAAGAAAACGAAGAUUUCGAUGAAAAAUACAAAUAAAGCUCAACUGCAAGAAAAUCCAAACAAUCCCUCUCCACACCUAAAUUCGGGUAAAAAGUAACAAAUACAUCCGAAAACAUAUGCGAAGACCCAAAAAAGGCCGCUUUUGAGCAAUUAAGAGACACCACCCCUUUAUGGGCCCUUCCAGAAAACGCCCGUGACAAACAAAUGCGCAAAAAAGAUCACCCAAACUAUGAUCCAACUACAUUAUAUAUUCCCCCUGAUGAUUUUAAGAAACUAACUAUCUGUAUGUAAUAAUACUGGACAAUAAAAAGCGAAAACUUUGACAAAAUUGUAUUAUUUAAACUUGGUAAAUUCUAUGAAUUAUUCUAUGAAGAUGCUUUAAUUUCGAAUAAAGAAUUAGACUUAAACUGGAUGGGUGAUAAAAUGCACACUGGUUUUCCGGAAAAAGCCUUAGAUAGAAUGGCUAGUAAACUAGUAGAAAGAGGAUAUAAAGUAGCCAUAGCGGAAUAAACUGAGACUAAUUAAGAAAUGGAAAAAAGACUGAAAAAUAAAAUCGGAUAAAAAUGCAUUUAAAGAGAACUAGUUCAAGUUAUGACUAAAGGAACUUACGAUAUAAACCAAGAAGGUAAUUAUGACCCAAGAUAUUUAGUUUGCUUAAAGAAUUUCAAAAAUUACUUCUGCUUAUGUAUUUUGGAACAUACUACGAAUUAAAUAACAAUCUCUUUUAUAUAAGAUGAUUUACAUUAUACUAAUUUUAAAACCUUAUUAUGUCAAAUUAAACCCCAAGAAGUUGUUUUUGAUCCUUUGUUGGUAAAUAAUGAGGUAAAAAAAAUACUCAAAUCUGGAUAUUUAGUACCUUAAUUGAGUCCUUUCCCUAAUAAAAGAAACGAGUGGAAUAAAAAUGCAUGCUUUUCUUAUUUUGAGUAAGUUUAUGGAUAAGAUAAAUAGUUAUAUCCUUAAGUUCUAUAAGAUCUAGUUAAUAUAAGGAAUGAAAAAAACGAUAUUAUUCUAGAAACUUUAAGCGGACUUUUUUCGUAUUUGAAAAGUCUCCUAAUUUUUGAUGAAAUAUUAUAUACUGCUAGAUAUUAAAUGUAAGAAGAUAUUCAUUCAUAAAAUUCCGUUUUAUAAUAAUUUAUGAUACUAGACAGCUAAGCUUUAUAACAUCUGGAAAUUUUAGAGCCUUCUGCAGGCUUUUUUUCAACUAAAUAAGCCUUCGAUGGUAGUCUAUUGUCGUAUAUUAAUAAAACUAGAAGUCCAUUUGGCUACCGAAUGCUCAAAAAAUGGGUUUGUGCGCCCCUUUUAGAUAUUUAAAUGAUAAAUGAUAGACUUAAUGCAAUCGAAGACUUACAAAACAUAUCAGAAAUGAGAGACUAUUUUCAAAAAGAGCUUCAAAAAAUGCCUGAUUUAGAAAAAAUAUGCGGUCGAAUUUACAAAUACUAAAUAAAAUAAGCUUAAAAAAAUGUUGUCUAAUAUGAAGAUUUCUCUACUAUCCGUCUAAAAGAAUUCCGUGAACUCUUAAGUAAUUUUUAAUCGUCUUAUAAUUUAAUAAUGUCCUCAUUUUCUUAAUAUGCUGAAAAUUUUAAUAGUUAAAGGUUGAAAUAAAUCACUUUAAUAAGCUCCUAAGGUGGUAAACUACCCGAAAUUGCAUAAUUAAUAGCUCAAUUUGACAAUAUUAUUGAAUGGAAAUCUAAUAAACCUUACCCGAAGAAAGGUUUACUUUAAGAAUUUGACGAAGCAUAAGAAAAUGUCAAAUAAAUAUAAUAAGAGCUCGAAAAUUACCUAAGAAAAAUACAAAAAAUGUUUUCCGAUAAUAGUAUAAAAUACAGUCCUAAAUACGAAUUAGAAAUCCAUGAAAAUCACGUAAAAGGAAAUAAAAAGCCCUCCGAUUUUGAAUUUACAUCUAAAACAAAACAAUACUAAAGAUUUCUCACUAAUCCAUUAAAAAAGCUGAUUUAUGAACUCGAAAAUGCCCAAGAAAUAGAAAAAAAGGAACUUAAGACUAUUUGUGUUUAAAUAUUUUCCUAAUUCUACUAAAUGCAUAAGACUUGGGAUUCUUUUUUACAUAUAUUGGCCGAAUUAGACUGCUUAUGCUCUCUUAGUUUAGUUUCUUUUACAUUAGCAGACGGUAUAAUGGCACGUCCUUAGAUAAUAAAAAACCAGAAUUCACCUUUUAUAAAAUUAAAAUAGGCACGACACCCCUGUUUAUCAAGUUUAGGUAUUAAAUUUAUCUCUAAUGAUGUUUUUAUAGGUGAUAUAAAUUAAACUGGAGAACCCAAAGAUUAAAAAAAUCUAAUAUUAUUAACAGGACCAAAUAUGGGUGGAAAAUCAACUACAUUAAGAAUGACUUGUAUUGCUACAAUUCUAGGACAAAUAGGAUGCUAUGUGCCCGCUUAAGAAGCUUAGUUUAGUGUUGUUGAUAGAAUUUUUACAAGAUUAGGUGCAAGUGAUAAAUUAAUGGAAGGUAAAAGCACAUUUUAUAUAGAAAUGGAAGAAACAUUCAAUGCAGUAGCUAAAGGAAGUAUUAAUUCUUUAGUUAUUAUGGAUGAAUUGGGUAGAGGAACUUCUACACAUGAUGGAUAUUCUAUAGCUUAUUCUAUUAUUAGAUAUAUUGUGGAACAUAUGAAAUGUAGGUGUAUUUUCGCUACUCAUUAUCAUUCACUUAUUGAUGAGUUUAGGCUUUAUUAUUAAAUCGAUUUUUAUCAUAUGGCUUGCUUUGUAGAUUAAAAUUUAGGAAAAGUUGUAUUUUUAUAUAAACUUAAAAAAGAAGAAUUCUAAUAAAGUUUUGCUAUGAAUGUAGCAAAGGUAAUUUAAAAUUUAUAUAUACAUUGUUGGUAUUGA